CAACUGUCUCUGUCUUUCACCAACAAUGGCCGGAAAGUUGAUGGAAAGCGGCAAAUAGUGAUCGCAUUUUCUUUAUUUUUCUAAUAACAUGAGAGUUUAAAGACAAAAUGAAUCGUCAAAUUAAUUCUAAAAUAGAUAAGAAUUCCAUUUACGAACUAUACAGAGCAUGUCGGCUUUGUGGUGCUGGUGCUGGCUACAAAAUGCCAAUAAUUCAGAACGUCAUUGAUGCAGACGGCGAUGAAGUGGAUUUGAAACAGAAAAUACGAGAAUGUGUCCAAAUAGAGGUACAUCAAGAUGAUAAGAUGCCUCCUUUAAUCUGCGAACUCUGUGUGGACAAAGUGAACGACUUCUAUGUGUUCCUGGAUUUGUGUCGACAAACCAAUAAGAGGACUCGGCAAAGACUCGGUCUGCCAAUGCAGUCGACACAUAAAGGAAACUCUGAUUCCGGUGACUGUAUCUUGGGUAUGACAGAGCCAGUCUAUGUGAACGAUGACUCUGAUGAGCCCCUGUCCAAGUCGUCACCAAGGAACUCUAAACACAAAGGAUCAAAAUCAAAUAAACCUUUGGUGAAAGUCAAAGUGGAGAAACCUGAACCUCGCGACAGCCGCCAUAGUCGCGGGGUCAAGUCGUCACCUCACGCGGGCCAGAAGCGGCCCGCCCCGCCCGAGCCGGGCCCGCGCGUCACCAGGCACGCGCGCAACACUAACGAUGAUAAUAUCACGCUGAACACCCUGAGGCACCACUCUAAGAGGUCGCCUUCUUCUCUGCCCCCUGCACCAAAGUCGAUAUUGAAGAAGGAGCCAAAGCGCGAACGUGAACAGUUAACCUUGCGGUCGAAGAGGACCCAAGAGCCUCCCAAGACAACGGUGCCAUUAAAAAGGGUCAAGUUAACGGUAAAACUCCCCCCGAAACCGGAGAAGCCUAAACCUCCACCCCCUCCCCCGGGCAUAAAGUGCGCCAUCUGUCGGCAUCUCAGCAAAACACCGCAAGCAAACUCCAACCAUCUGAGGAGCCAUACUGUCACGUUCACCAGUAGCAAAUUGGCCUGUAACGCGUGCCGCGAAUGGUUUUCGGAUGCGGAAGCGGCCGCGGCACAUCACAGGCGGCACGAGGCGCGUUCCAAGGCCUACAUGUGCCGCACCUGCCGCGCCCGACGUGCCACCUACAAGCAGUACCUCGCUCACACAGAGUCAGGGGACUGUGUCCCAUGGGACGAAGUGCCAGACGUCCAAUGCUCAGAAUGUUGGAAGUAUUUUCCCACGGAUAACUUGCGGACACAGCACAAGUGUCCCGGGGAGGAAGGACGACCGGGCGGCAAAUGUUCAAAAUGCUCUCGAACCUACACUCUAAUGAAGAAUUUGAAGAAACAUGAGAGCACCUGCACUGCUAAAAAGAGAGGUGAAGUUCCAAUAGACCCCGAGCUGAUGGCCAAAGUGAGACCGAUUCAAGUGAGGACGGUCCGCUGCGAUCCUCUUCUAGAACGAGUCCAGAACGGCCACUAUGACAUCUCUGACGUUCCUGAGAACUACGGGCUGGAUCCGGAUCGUGUCUAUCCGUACAUCAAUUCUGCAUCACUGAACUUCAAUCGCAUGGUCAAUAUCAAGACAGAUUUGCUCGACUUCUACUGUGAAGAUGAUUAUAUCCAUUGGGACUCUGACAAUAGUACUGAAGAUGAAAUCGUUGAAAAAGACAAAGAAGUCGAUUCUUUAACAACGUUGUCACUGAAAACUUUAUUCUCCCAGAAAUGUUUGGGCCGGGUCCCAAGGAAGAAAAGGAAGGUCAAAACGGAGAAAAGUAUGUUUGAUUCGAUAUUGGGCAACGAUUUUGAUAUGAGCAAAGAUAUCAAUAGCAUAAUCGAUAACCUUGGCGAUGAUGAUGAUACGGAAACGAAGACAGAAGAUGUAAAUAAUGACAGCAAAAUUAGUGAUGCGACAGUAUCUGUGGGAAUUGAUAGUGAAGACAAAGAUAGAGAAGUUAAUGUUACCGAUGAAAGUGCUAAUUUAGAUGAUAGUAAUAAAAAAGUAAAAUCUGAAGAUAAUGAUAAAGUAGAUGGUGUUAGUGUAAGUAAUGAUGAGUCUAAAAAUAAUGUUGAAGAUGAAUCGAAAGUUAGUGGUGGUAGCUAUGAUAAAUUACAAGUUAAUAAUAGUGAAGGCAAAGUGCAAUUGGAUGAAAGCAGUAACGGUAAACCAGAAGCGAAUGAUAAAAGUGAUGACAACGAACAAAUUAAUGAUAGUACUGACGACAAAGCGAAAAUUAAUGAUAGCAGUGAUGAUAAAUUGUUUGAGUGUAAUGCUGAUGGUAAAAAUACUAAUGAAGACUCGGUUGAAAAAAUAAACGAUGAAAAUGAAUCAUCAAAAGGAAUCGAAGUAGAUAAAAUGGAGGUCAAUGAAAAAAGUAUCGAUAAAAAUAAUCAUGAGACUGAUCCAAGCACAAAUGUCACUGAAUCAGAAUCUAUAGGCGAUGAUAUAAAUAUUGAUUCUAGUGUAAGUAAAAAGGAAGAAAAUGGUGAACAACACUGUGAGAAUCUAGAUUUUAACGAAAAAGAGGUUGAAAAACUCAACGUAGAGACAAAUGAAAAUAUUAAGGAUACUCCGGAUGCUGUUAAUGUAGUAGAUUCUACGAAUAUUGAUAAGGAUAGUCUUAGAGUAAGUGAUGUAGAUUUAAGAAGUGAUAGUAAAGAAAAUAAAAAUGUACCCGAAAAUGAUAAGAAUCCAGAAGAUAAGAAGAGUGAUGAAACUGAAGCGAGUGGUGAAGUAAGCACUGAUUGUGAUAUUGUAAAAAGUAGAGAUUUAACUGCAAAAGGGGCUGAUGACAUUAAAGAAACUAUUGAAAAUGAUAUUAAACAGAGUGUUGAAGUGAACGAUACAAUUAUUCCCGAGAAAGAUAAAGGCAAUGGUGUUCGUUCAAUGGAAACUGACAAAGAGGACUUUAUUGACAGUGAAACAGGUGACAAAAAGGAAAAUAUUGAACAAAGUGACUUGACUGAUGAACAUAUCCAAAAACCAGGUGAUGAUAAUAGUUUAACAAGUGAGACUCAGAAAAUUAAUGAUGAUACAGUAAAAAUGAACGGAGAUUUUGAUGGGAGAACGGAUAAAACCAAAACGGAUGAACUGACAGACUCAGAAAUCGAUGAUAAAAAGCUCAUGGACGCCUUGAACGAACAUAUCGGCGAGACUGACGAAAAUGACGUUACCAAUGAUAAAACCGUCGAUGCUGAUAGGGCGACAGAUAAAGACGCAAAAGCCUUCGAAGUUAAAAGAACAGAUGAACAGCACACAUAUGAUAAUACUCAUGAAAAUAAGAUAACUUUGGAAGAUUUGGUUCCUUCUAAAGAGAAACCUACACCAUCUAUGGAUUUAGACAGCAUAUCCGAUGACGAAUUCAAUUUCGACUCCUAAUUUAAAAAAUAAUCUCAAGAAAGACUCGUGAAUAUAAAUAUAUAUAUAUGGUGAUGGCUACAUUCAGAAAUAAUAAUUGAUUUAUUGUUUUGUGAAUAAGAAAAUGAUGUUCUUGAUUUUAUAUAUAAUCGAUAAAUAAUAAAAUUUGAAAAAGUGGGCAAUAUCUUAGAUUCUGCAUUUCUAAGUAAGCUGAUAUUUUUACCAUAUUUCGGGUAAAUAAAAGUGUCUAGUGACAAAAUAUAGUGUUUUUGAUUUUCGUUCCAAUUUAGAUUUUUCCGCAUCCUGUUUUUGGGGAGCCAAAGAUAUGCAGAUAAAGUAUCAGUACAAUAAAU